AUGAUUAAUUCCUGUCCUGAGUGCGGGAAAUGUUUUCUUUAUAAAUCAGAACUGGUCAAACAUCAGAGAACUCACACAGGGGAGAGGCCGUUUCCCUGUCCUGAGUGCGGGAAACGUUUUACACACAAGUACAAACUCUAUGAACAUCAGAUGUGGCACACAGGGGAGGAUCUUUAUUCCUGCUCUGAGUGCGGGAAACGUUUUGUACGUCAGUCUUCUCUCACUGUGCAUCAGAGGUCUCACACAGGGGAGAAACCGUUCUCCUGUUCUGAGUGCGGGAAAGGUUUUGUGAUAAAAUCAGACCUCACUCAACAUCAGAUGUUUCACACGGGGGAAAGGCUCUAUUCCUGCUCUGAAUGUGGAAAAGAAUUUUCACGCAAGUCUUAUCUCACUGAUCAUCAGAGAACUCAUACGGGGGAGAGACCAUUUUCCUGCUCUGAGUGCGGGAAAAGUUUUAGCCGGAGGUAUCAUCUCGAUGUGCAUCAGAGGUCCCACACAGGCGAGAAGCCGUAUUUGUGCUCAGAUUGUGGAUUACGUUUUAAAUGCAAGUCUCAUCUCGCUGGGCAUCAAAUAUCUCACACAGGGAUGAAGCCACAUUGCUGCUCUGAGUGCGGGAAAAAUACCCACACAGGGGAAAAGCCAUAUCCCUGCCCUAAGUGUGGGAAACGUUUUCUACGCAAGUCUCACAUUGCUGUGCAUCUGAGGUCUCACACGGAGGAGAAGCCGUAUUCCUGCUCGGAGUGCGGGAAAUGUUAUAAGCCAGAACUGGUAUCAACAAAAAAAAAAAAAAAAAACGCAGGGGAAAAGCCAUAUUCAUUUUUUAUUGCGGGAAAUGUUUUCCAUGGAUGUGCAAUCUUUAUGACUAUAAAAAGAUUCUAUACAGGGGAGAAUCUGUAUUCUUGUCCUGAGUGCGGGAAAUGUUUUCCAAUAAUGGACAAUCUUUAUGAACAUCUGAGGUUCCACACCGGGGAUAAGUCAUAUUCCUGCCUUGAGUGCGGGAAAUGUUUUCUGUUAAUGUACAAUCUUUUUGAACAUCUGAGAUUCCACACAGGAGAGAAGCCGUAUUCCUGCCCUGUGUGCGGGAAAUGUUUUCCACGGAUGUGCAAUCUUUAUAACUAUAAAAGAUUCUAUACAGGGGAGAAUCUGUGUUCUUGUCCUGAGUGCGGGAAAUGUUUUCCAAUAAUGGACAAUCUUUAUGAACAUCUGAGGUUCCACACUGGGGAGAAGUCAUAUUCCUGCCGUGAGUGCGGGAAAUGUUUUCUGUUAAUGUACAAUCGAUCUCCCCUGACCUUCAUUAGAAGCGGGAAGAAGAAAUUUUCCUGCACUGAGUGUGGGGAAUCUUUUCUAUGGCAAUAUCAUUUGAAUGUACAUCAGAGAUUGCACACGGGGGAGAAGCUUCAUUCCUGUCCUGAGUGUGGUAAAUGUUUUCUUUACAAGUCAGACCUGCUCACGCAUCAAAAAUCUCAUCCGGGUGCGAAGCCUUUUUCCUGUUCUGUGUGCAGCAAAUGUUUUUCACAGAAGUCUGAACUUGAUGAACAUCAGAUGUGGCACACAGGGGGGAAGCAAUAUUCCUGUCCUAAGUGCGGGAAACGUUUUUUACAUAAAUCUAAUCUCUCUGUGCAUCAGAGGUCUCAUACGUUGGAAAAGCCAUACUCCUGUUUGGAGUGCGGGAAACGUUUUGCGUUAAAAUCAGAUCUUGACAAACAUCAGAUGUCUCACACAGGGGAUCUGCUAUAUUCCUGUUCUGAGUGCGGAAAAGGUUUUACAUGUACGUCUCAUCUGGCUAAUCAUCAGAGGUCUCAUACAGAGGAGAAGCCGUAUUUCUGCUCCGAGUGCGGGAAAAGUUUUGCACGUAAGUGUCAUUUCUCCGAUCAUCAGAGGUCCCAUGCGGGGGAAAAGCCGCAUUCCUGCUCUGAGUGCGGGAAAAGCUUUCUGAAAAAAUCUUAUCUCUCUUUGCACCAGAGAUUGCACACGGGGGAGAAGCCAUAUUCCUGUCCGGAGUGCGGGAAAUGUUUUACACGUAAUUCCCAACUCACUGUGCAUUUGAGGUCUCACACCGAGGAGAAGCCGUAUUCCUGCUCAGAGUGCGGGAAAUGUUAUAAACACAAACAACAGCUUGUAAAACAUGAAAGAUCCCACACAGGGCAGAAGCCACAUUCCUUCCCCAAAUGUGCAGAAAGUCUUAGCUCUGAAUUAAGUCUUUCUGUACAUCAGAGAUCUCACACGGGGGAGAAUCUUCAUUCCUGCUCGGUGUGCGGGGAAUCUUUCCUGUAUAAAUACCAUCUUUCUGUACACCAAAGACUGCACACGGGUAAGACGCUUCAUUCCUGUCCUGAGUGCAAGAAAUGUUUUCCCUAUAAAUCAUCACUGGUCACACAUCAGAAAUCGCACACGGGUGGGCAGCCCUAUUGUUGUCCUGAGUGUGGGGAAUCUUUCCUACAUAGAUACCAUCUUACAGUACAUCAGAGGUCACAUACGGGUCAGAAGAUUCAUUCCUGUCCAGAGUGCGGGAAAGGUUUUCUUCAUCAAUCAGAACUGGUCACACAUCAGAGGUCCCACACGGGAGAGAAGUUGUAUUCCUGUCCUGAGUGCGGGAAAUGUUUUUCACAAAAGUCCAAUCUUUCUGCACAUCAGAGAUUGCACACAGGGGGGGAGAAGUUUUAUUCUUGUCCUGAGUGUGAUCGAACUUUUAUUCACAAAAUCAGCACUAGUGACGCAUCAGAGAUCCCACACGGGGGAGAAGCCUUAUUCCUGUCCUGA